AUGCUGUCGCGGGCGCGUAUUAGACUGCGACACUGGCCCAAGCUCACAGCGCGCCUCAACUCGACCGCUGCGCCCACCAGGUCGCCCAAAGACCUCUUCAACCACCUCUCGCAGUAUGUGAUCGGUCAGGAGGCGGCCAAGAAGGUCUUGUCGGUGGCCGUCUUCAAUCACUACCGCCGGAUCGAGCCUCGCAUCAACCCCGUAACCGUAGCGGAGCCGGCGGAGCCGGCGGAGGCCGCACCCGUCUCUCCGGCCAUCGACAGCAAGGCCAACGUGCAGGUGCCUGCGUCGUUUGAGGCCGACUACGAGAAGACGAACGGAAUUCCCGACGCCACGCGUAUUGUCGGAGCGGAGGAUGGCGCAGACCCCACCCUCACAUAUGACACCCUAGUGCGCGAAGAGAAAUGGAGCAGUACGUCUGGUAAAGAAGAGCGCAUGCGGAAGCGCAAAGCCGAGGACGAGAAGCGCGAAGCUAAGCAGCUUGAGGAGGAUGCGCGCACGCGACGCGCCGACGAACUCAACGAGGCCAUGGGCCAGCGACCUUUCCCAGAGGACCUCGACGUCACUGUCGAGAAGAGCAACGUUCUUGUUGUCGGGCCGACAGGUACAGGCAAGACAUUGAUGGCCAAGACGCUCGCGCGGGCGUUAGAUGUUCCCUUCGUUUCCUGUGACGCAACGACGUAUACGCAGGCAGGAUAUGUUGGCGAGGACGUGGAGAGCUGUAUCCUCCGGCUCCUUCAGGCAGCAGAUUACGACGUCGCGCGUGCGGAGGUCGGCAUUGUGCACAUCGACGAGGUCGACAAACUCGCUCGCCGUGGUGGCAACGAGCUCGGCACGUGGGGCGGAGGUCGCGAUGUUGGUGGUGAAGGUGUCCAGCAAGCGCUGCUUCGUAUUCUCGAGGGUACAACCGUGACGCUCUCCGCGAAGACUGCUCCUAUCGGUUCAAACCCGCCUUCCCCGAGCACCCACACCGCGCACUCGAACAGCUCACUUGGGCCAGCCAGCCCACCCAAGUCUGAGUCGACGUUCCCCGAGGCUCCUGAGUGGAACCCCAACAAUCCGAUGAACCGCACCUUCGGCAACGCGCCGGGCAAGAAAGGGGUGCGCGACGGUCUCCCCGGUUUCAGCGGCGGUGGUCCGCCUAACAAGGGCGACACGUACGUCGUGGACACAAGUAACAUUCUGUUCAUCCUGUCCGGCGCGUUCGUCGGCCUCGACCCCAUCAUCCAGCGCAGGUUGGGCAAGGGAUCGAUCGGCUUUGGAGCGCCGCUCUCGAGUCCCGUGGUCGCCGGCACGCUCAAACCGACGAUGGCCGACCUCAAAGACUACGGCCUGAUCCCAGAGUUCUUAGGCCGCCUGCCCAUCGUGUCUUCACUCCACCCGUUGGCCGUGGACGACUUGGUCCGCAUCCUGACCGAGCCACGUAACGCGCUCAUCAAGCAGUACAAGGCUCUCUUCCACCGCUACGGCUCUGAACUCGUGUUCACACGCCGUGCACUCCAGGCUAUCGCGCAGGAGGGCCUUGAUCGCGGGGGGGGCGCUCGUGGUCUCCGCGGCGUGCUCGAGGAGGUCCUUGUUGACGCCAUGUUCGAGGUGCCCGGAUCUAGCGUACGUUACUGCCUCGUUACACAGGCUGCCGUGCAACGCCGCGAGCCGGCCAUGUACUUCUCGAGGGGGAACCGGCACGCAAUGAUGGGCGUCAUUGAGGAGGAGGACGACCUGCGUCGGCGCCCAUCGCGGCCGCAGAUCUUUGUCGAGGAGGACCGGUUGCAGGCGGUCGGGUAG